CCGAUAAUUCUAUGAUCGGUGGAUUGCGACGGAUAUCAGUUUCGCAUGCCUUGAAUUGACAUCGAUUGAGGACUUGUAUACGAGUCGGUCGACGGUGCUAUCUCCGACCUGGAAUCACAAUCGGCAAUAAGGAACGCAAUUCGCAGACCUUCCAGGACGAUAAUUUUCUCUAAUCGGCCUCAACUGAUUAAAAUAUCAAUGGAGAGAUAUCUACAUCAUAUCCGAUAAUUUUCUCACCUUACCUCCCUUCACCGUCGCGUUCUCUCUCUCUUAUUAUGAGACAUGUCGACCACCAGUAUCCGACAGACCGCUACAUCGGUCCUUCCAGAGAAUAAUACCAGCCACUCAUCCCCCAUCGAGACGAAAUCCAAUACGUUAUUACCGGCAGAGAAUGUCAGCGUGAAAAAUGCCACAAAAUCAAAGCGAGAUUACAAGGGGUUUGUGGCGGGGGUGUUUUCUGGGAUUGCGAAAUUGAGUGUUGGGCAUCCUUUCGAUACCAUCAAAAUCAGAAUGCAGACCAGUGAACACGGCCGCUUCAAGGGACCGCUAGAUUGUGUCAUGCAGACUGUCCGCAAGGAAGGGUUUAGUGGGAUGUAUAAAGGCGCAACACCUCCGCUGGUCGGAUGGAUGAUAAUGGACUCUGUCAUGCUUGGUUCUCUUACCCUAUAUAGACGUCUUCUGCUUGAAAACGUCUUUUCGAAUCCGCAAUUGCGCAAAGCGAUUCCAUUCACGUCAUCGCAACGAGAUUUGAACACUUUGCCGAGUUUUGGACAUGGAAUUGCGGGGAUCAUGGCUGGUUGUACGGUCAGUUUCAUUGCUGCGCCGGUCGAGCAUAUCAAAGCUCGAUUGCAGGUUCAAUAUGCCGCCGACAAGAAGCAGCGAAUGUACACUGGGCCGAUUGAUUGUUCAAGGAAGAUUCUUCGAAGCCACGGUAUACCAGGCCUUUUUCGCGGUCUCUGUGCAACACUCAUCUUCCGCUCAUUCUUCUUUUUCUGGUGGGGAUCCUACGACAUCCUCACUCGCAUAAUGAAAAAGAACACCAACCUCUCUGCGCCAGCAAUCAAUUUCUGGGCAGGCGGUAUAUCCGCUCAAAUCUUCUGGAUUACAUCUUACCCUUCAGACGUAGUGAAGAAUCGACUAAUGACGGACCCCUUGGGAGGCUCGCACGGCGACGGCGAGAGACGCUUUCAUCGAUGGAAAGAUGCUGCUAUUGCUGUAGGUCGGGAACGUGGUUGGAGGGGUUACUGGCGUGGAUUUUUGCCUUGCUUUUUGCGUGCUUUUCCGGCUAAUGCUAUGGCCUUGGUGGCGUUUGAAGGUGUUAUGAGAUGGUUGCCAUAGUAUGUUCGAUUUUGACGUUAGAUAUCAUGGG